GCAGGAUGAUGACGUCUUCACCUGAUGACGUGUCAGUUUGUUUACAGCGGACUGUGUCGCGCUGCAGCUGCUUAGACAUGGCUGUGGAUAUAACUGUACUUUUUAAAGCCAGUGUCAAGACAGUGAAAACUAGGAAUAAGGCCAUAGGAAUUGGGUUUGACUCUACCAAAGAUGAAAUUUUCAAACGAAGUAGACCAAAGAGUGGCUUCUCACCGCGGGCAAAAGAAGUGAUCACAAACAUCACCAAGCUCAAAGACUUUCUGCUCCAGCACCGAAAAGAUUACGUGAGCGCCGGAAGUCUCCUUUCAACAGAUCACUCCCGCAUGACAGAUAGUGAACGAGACCAGAUCGACCAGGAUGCUCAGAUCUUCAUGAGAACCUGCUCAGAGGCCAUCAAGCAGCUGCGCAAUGAAGUUGAAAAGCAGGUGACAUCGGUUCAGAUCAAGGAGCACAGGGGUGCAGUUCUGGACCUCAUUGAAAUGUAUCUUAAAGGCGUGUGUAAGCUGUACUCUGAACAGAGAGCUAUUAGAGUCAAACGGAUGGUGGACAAGAAGAGACUAUCAAGGCUGGCCCCGGAGCACCCCAGUCGAGUGGGAAAGCCGAAGGAGGUGGAGCCCACACAGGAGAAAAGUGUGAAAGAGGAAAGUUCUGAGAAGAGUGUGUUUGAAGUCACAACAACUCAGAACAACUCAGUCAACCUGUGGGAGGAGGGCAAAGUGGAGGAUGAGCUCUCUCCUGAGGAGAUCCAGAUGUUUGAGCAAGAAAACCAGAGAUUGGUCAGCGAGAUGAACAACAUGGUGGAUGAAGUGAGACAAAUCGAGGGGAAGGUGGUGGAGAUUUCACGACUUCAGGAGAUCUUUGCCGAAAAAGUCCUGCAACAAGAAACGGAGAUAGACAGCAUUCACCAGCUGGUUGUUGGAGCAACAGAGAAUGUCAAAGAGGGAAAUGAGGAUAUACGAGAGGCAAUCAAAAACAAUGCCGGCUUCAGAGUAUGGAUCCUCUUCUUCCUUGUUAUGUGUUCUUUCUCUCUCCUCUUCCUGGAUUGGUACGACAGUUAAAACAACUACAGCCGUGGACUGAACAGCAGAAAACCACCUGGAACUGGUACCUCCCGGUUAUCUCAUGAAGAAGAGGUGACAACACUAAGACUGAACGGACAGUUUACGCUGCUGGACUUGUUGCACAUGACAUGUUCAUGGAGAGUGACCCCUGAUGCUCCUCUGUUAAUGUUUCCCAGUGCGUUCGGGGUAGCUUUGAUGUUUUAGUCUGUCUCUGUGGAGGAGAACUUUUUAUGUGGAGCACAGUGUGAGGUCUCACAGGUUGUCCAGUGAUUGGCCACUCAGUCUCCGUCUGACACCCAAACGGAUUAUAAAGAUUUGAGCAGCAGCAGCUCUUAGAUUCUGGCUUCUGUUGUUUCUCAUUUUGGGGAAAUCGACUUUAUUGUACUUCAAGAUUAUUCGUAAUUUACUAUAACAUAAAUAAUUAUUCUUUCAGAUUUGGCAGAGCUCUCUUUAAAACAACAAUUUCACUCUAGUUAAAACCAAUACUCCUAAAUGGAUUUUGUAUCUUCUUUCUCUACUCUUAACAUGUGGUUUUAUUAAACUGAAUGCAGUCUCCAUUACUGCAGAGCUUUGGAUUGAUAUUACGAGCAGCAUAGAGCCGCAGCAUGUCUUGGUUUGACUCUUAUUUCUGCUAAUCCGGUAAUUAGGAUUAACCCAGAUUCAUGUGAAAGCAUUUAAGUGCUUUCAAAAUGUUUCUUUGAUCUAAACUCAAGGGAAAUAUUUGCCAUAUUUAUUUCAGCAGCACUGAAGAGACGUCCUCACUGAAUACUGAAUAAAAUCUUCUCACAUCUAGACAUAUGUUUGAAAUGUGGGCACUUUAUUUGAGAUCUUCGUUUGUCUUUUUUUUUACAUAGCAAAUGCACUUCAAUGGUAAUAAUUACAUUGUCUGAAAAAAGUACAUCAUUUGUGAACAUUCAAGUUAAAUGACAAAUACAGAAAAAAGCAACAGGACAAGCAACUACCAUCAGAUUGUUCCACUACAUCAGCCUAACUCUAAUAUCUGUGAUGACUGCCAACAGCCAUAUGUGGUGACGUUAAUCAAUGCAAAGCCUUUCACAACACAGUGUUUUCACUAGCAAAAACAUUCAAUACAGUUGCAUAAAAGUUAUGCUGUGAAAAUUACAUUAAAAGUCUUGUGUAGCCAGCAAAGAAAAGCAAAUGUUCACAAAAAGCUCCAAUGCUAAAAGAAAGAAGAAUCAUGAGUUAGUACUGGCUGACUCAAAACAACAAUAUUUAAAAUAUUUUUCGCUGGUAUAUUUUCCUUGAGGUCAAGCCUCAACUUUUUACAAUAAGACAUUAAAAUACUCCGGCACAAACGUAGCAAAUAUGCUGCCGAGUUUUCCCACUUGAUGACAAUUCGCCACUUGCCUGAUCUCAGGAGGCCUCGCAUGCCCGAUCAGUACUCAAAAAUAAAAGAAAGAGAUCUGAUGCAAACUGAUUGCUAUUAGAGUCAUGCGUGCAUGUGGAGUAAAACAAGCGACGCAGACACAAGAUGGCUCACAGUCAAUUCACAAUCUCAGUACUAAAGUGAGUUCUGUUACAGGUGGAUAUACAAAGACUGUGUGUGUGUGUGUGUAUGUGUGUGUGUGUCAGGGUUUCUGUGGCUUUUUCUACAUGUUUGCCACUCUAUUUUGUCAUGUAAAUAAAUAACAACAUAUGCUAUUCAAACAAAUCGGGAAUCCACCGAACAAAGCCCCGCUGUGCUGAGGACGUUUGCAACACUUCCACAUAUUUCCAGCUACUGUACACAUCAGUUGACCAAACCACAGCAACAAGGCAGCAUAGCACCUCAGGCAAGAGAAGAUGAUUUUUCACCCACAAGAAAGCCACAGAACUCUGAGGUUUGCUUGAAUGGCACAACCAUAUUAUUUAUUUUUUCUGCUGCAGGAGGAGGCCACACACCGAUCCCCAGGCGGUUAGGCCAGUUUCUGGGAAGUCUCCGUCUCCUGCUGGGUUACCUUCUCCUCGGACAUGAUGGUCAUCCA